UCGUAAGAAUAAAGCGCAACAGACUCGAGUGCACGUAGAUUUACCAGACUCGUAAUUGAUCGUAAUUUAUAUGACGUUCAAAAAAUUGCAAUUAAUUUGGAUUCAGAGCAACUGGAAAGAUAGAUAUCGAUAAAAUAAAACUCUUAUAUUAUCAAUUCGUAACGCAUGUGUGAAAUUUUUUGACAAAAGUGUGUUAAUUGAAAAAAUCUUUACGCACGGAUGUCUCAUAAAAAAACUUUAUACAAGAAAUCAAAUUAAAAUAUAAAAGAUAUAAAUCAUUAUGGAAUAAUGCAUGUGAAUAUGCACAAGUUGACGAGACAUAAUGAAGAAGAGAAAUAGAUAUUAAUUUCAAGUUUAAUUAUGGAAGAAGAUAGUGGCUGCAAAAAUGUCUUUGAUUCGGUUGAGAAUUCAAUCUUCAUGGAUGCCUAUAAAAUUAACAAUUUCUUCAAAAACUUAAAUAAAGAUAAUCCCGCCGCAGAAAAAAUUAGUAAACAGAAAGUGAUCAAAAUAAAAUCAGAGUUACAUAAAAAUUCAUUUUGGAUGCUUAAGAUGUCGAUAAUAUUUUUCAAGCUCAUCGGUCUUGCCACGUUUGCUCAUCAUAUCGUCAUGCGGAAGAAGAGAUCGUUAUACACAUUUCAGUACUCUGAAUUUGGCAUCGUAUACAAUGUCAUAUUGAGUAGCUUAAUAAUCGCUUCGAACUAUUUGUCGAUACCAUUCAGACUCAAUUUGGAAUAUGAAAAUAAGUCAAACUUGACUGUAGGCAUCGAGGUUCUGCAAACUGUACUUGGCUCUCUAGUGAUCUGCACGAUUUUAUUCAUCUAUUGCAUCGAUCAGAAGUCCCUGGUGCGGAUCGCUAAUCGAUUAAUGGACGUCGAGCACGAAAUGGAUUGUCUGUAUCAUCUGUAUCAACCGCUGCGACGACAGCAUAUCUUCUGUGCUAUGAUCAUCGUCUGCAUCUUAAAGGUUUGCUUGCUGAUUCUUCUUCUGACCACCGAGAUCCUGGCCUUCCACACAGGCCCGGUCUCCUGGCUGUCGGACAUUCUGCCGACAUUUCACGUAGGUUGGCUGUUGAUACAGUACUUCUUGUUGGUCACGAUCAUACAAGCCGAUUUCGCUGACGUGAAUCAAGCGAUACAGAGUCUCACCAGGGUCGGCACACCUGAUCUUCGACCGCAAUCUCUCUAUCAAACGCGUCGUGUUGUAUUCAGCAAUUCCACGGUUCAUCAACUGCUGCAACUACGAGAUAUGCACUGUCAUCUUUGCGAGAUCUCCGAGGACGUGUCGGACUUCUAUUCACUACCAGUAUUGUUCGGCUUUACUUUUCUCUUUCUGACACUCAUAUAUAACGGCUACUAUCUUUUUUCGCCUCUGUUGAUGACCGAUAAUAUCUUAGAGUACGAGACUCUUAGUAAUACCUUCAUCUGGUUAAUAUUCCUGAUUUAUCCCAUUUCUCUCCUCACCAACAGAACUACCAAGAUUUUGAACGAGAUAGGGAAAACGGGCAAUGUGAUACAUGGUCUUUUAAGAUGCGCGAUCGGCAAAGAAACAAAGUCAGAGCUCGAGGAAUUUUCGCUUCAAUUGCUACAUCGCAAGAUACAGUUCACAGCUAACGGAUAUUUCACGCUCGAUAACAGUUUUCUUCACUCGCUGAUCGGUACGGUGGCGACGUAUUUGGUGAUCCUUGUGCAAUUUCAAAUGGGAAGCUCGUGUUCGUCAAGACUGCACUUGAAUUGUACAGGGAAUGAUUUGUCGAACGCAAAAUAAUAAAUUGAAAUUAAAAAGCAGACGUAAUUUGUACCGUGAAGUUUCUUUAAUUAAUAGAGGAAAGUCCCCUAUUAUGAGAUAAGCUCCUAAUAUGCGAUAGCGGGGUUUCUGCUAAACUAAUAGUUCUAUUUGUUGGUUCUAUACCAUAAACUUAUUGCCCUUGGUGUGAAACCUAUUUAGUAGAAAAUUCAUUGUUUGAUCAUGCAUGCACUCGUUACAAAUAUCGAAAUUGUGAAUUUGGAUGUUAUCAAGUUCCAUGAAGGUGAGACUUUGAACCUUGUUUAUUAUAUAAUAAAUAAAUAUUUGACAAUGAGUUCUGUAUGCAGCGAUAGAGUAAGGUCGUAUUAAAAGGAAAAUACAAAGAUAUGUUGAGUUGCUUAAUUGUAGAGGAUAGAUUUGGUGAUCGCGAAAACGCAAGCAUGAGAUCCGUCAUAGAAAUAUUCAAGGUGACGAUCGUUGCUAGAGUAUGAAGGUUAUUGUACGGUAAUAAAAAGAGGGAAAAUACUAUGUUAGAAUUAAGGGAAGGUUUAUACGAACUUAUAACAGUAUGCUGAUGGUGAUCGCAUGCUCAUGCUGAGCGCACACUGGCUGCGCUGGAAAUAUUGAGUAUAAGUGGGUGGGUUUGUGAUUAUUGCAAAUAAGCUUCUCCAUUACAUUUGUAUUUCACUAUUUCAGAGACAUUAAAUAAAGUUUUCUAAUUGCAAUACCGAUGUAUUUUGCAUUUUAUUAGCGAUUUCUUUGAGUAUCUCAUAUUAG